AUGACCAUCAGCAAGGAGAAACUGUACCUCUGGUACGUAUGCUUGAUAGGAGCAACAUGCAUGAUGCUCAACGGCUAUGAUUCCUCCUCUUUCAACGCUGUUCAAGGCUCAGACAAUUUCAUGGACUAUUUCCACAACCCUAGUCCCGGAGUCAUUGGUUCGAUCAACACAGCGUAUACUGUAGGCGGCAUUCUAUCUGGAUUCUUCAUCUCUGCGCAAAUUUCCGACCGAUUUGGCCGAAAGUGGGCCAUGAUUACGGGCUCCUUUCUCAUCAUCAUUUCCUCCUUAGUCGCCGCCUUCACCCCACGCGAUAUUGGUGGUUUUGUUGCGAGUCGAGCCAUUACAGGUAUCGGGCAAGGCAUUGCUUUGCCUGCCGGUCCCGUCUACAUCAACGAGAUGGCUCCUGCGGAGAUCCGAGGCAUGCUCAUGAGUUUCUGGCAGAUUUUCUUCGGCAUUGGUGCUUUCUUGGCUUAUUGGAUCAACUAUGCUUGCACCAAGAACGCAGACCGCCUAGGCGACUGGGACUGGAGGAUCGUCAUGCUCUUCCAAAUCCUUGCCCCUACAAUCAUCAUCGUAGGUCUACAGUUUUGUCCCGAAAGCCCUCGAUGGUAUAUGCAGAAUGAUCGCGCGGAGGAGGCGGCAAAGACGUUAUCUAGGAUUCGUAGCGACCCUGGACAGGUUCAAAUGGAAAUCCAGGAAAUUAGUGCGGCAAUUGCCUAUGAGAAGACGACCAUUUCCGGACAAUGGGCGCCUCUGUGGAAGGACAAGACCGUCCGACGCAGGUUCUUGCUGGCCGUCGGUUUGAACAUUGGACAACAAUUCACCGGCCAAGGAUCUCUGACCACGUAUUCGACCAUCAUCUACAAACAGGUAUUCAUAGACAACUCGGAGAUUCAGUUGAUCAAUGCCUUGAAUGGAACGCUCGGUAUCAUCUUCACCCUCAAUGCCACUUGGAUGGCUGAUCGCUGGGGUCGUCGAGUCCUACUUCUUAUUGGCGCCGCAGGUAUGGGUUUAGCUAUGAUUGCCGCUGCAGCUACUGUAACAGAAACUCCAAGUGGCCCAGGGGGUGUCAAGGAGAGACCAGUGGGCAUAGCAACAGUUUUUCUAAUGUUCUUCUUUGCUCUAUUCUACAAACCUUCAUGGGGAGCAACUGUAUGGAUCUGGACGUCUGAGAUCUUCUCCAUGAACGUUCGAGCGCAAGCAAUCGCCAUGGCCUCCCAGUCUCAGGCUGUUUCAAGCACCAUCCUACAGCAGAUCUUCCCAAUUUUUCUGGACAAAAAGGGAUUUUACGCCAUGUAUAUGUUUGGUGGAAUCAAUGUUGUUCUCUUCACCUACGUCUGGUUCUUGAUUCCCGAGACCAAGGGCGUUGCUCUGGAGCGGAUGGACACUAUAUUCGGCGGUAUCGACCAUUCCGACAAAGGCAACGCGAUACUCUCUCAUGAUUUUGAGGAGGCCAGAGUCGAAACCAACGAGAAACGAAAACAUUCGGCUGAAGUUGUGUAA